AUGGAUCCUAUAUUAGAAGCAUUUUGUGAGUCUGGGCCUCAGGCAGCUCUUGAAAGAGCUAUCAAUACAAAAGAAAAGAUUGAGAAUCCAUUAACUAUCGGAAUUCUCCUCAGCCAGCACCAAGCAAAAUAUAAAAACUUAGCAGCAAUAAAAACCCUCUAUAAAAUUUCUGCUACUCAAAGUUUGGACCCAUCAACGAGAGGAAUUAUCCUAUGCAGGCUGUUGCAACUAUUUUCGGACUGGGCCAAAAAUCAAACGAAUGGCAAAAGAACCCGGCCUGAAAUGACAAACGAUAUCAUUGAGCAAUUCAGGAAUGCAAGCAAUCUUUUUACAGAAAUCAAAUCAUAUACAUAAAAUGGCGGACGGCGACCGACCCACCCUCUCAGUGGUGGUUACCCAUGUAUAUCCGGGCAUGGUUUUUGGAGCCAGGAGUUAGCCCAACAACGUCUGGGACCUCGAAGCGAGAGGCCUAAGCGCAAAAGGCGCUGUUUUUGUGACCAGACCCAUGGGCAGUUACUCGUGACUUCUUUUUGCCAGCAGCGCUCAGCCCAGUGAGUGCCCGAAAUGAGGCAGGGCGACUUACCUGCCUAAGCUGCUUUUGUGGCUCGCCCCGAAUAGCGAAAGCUAUUGAGUUCUUUCUCGGGAUGACCGGAAAAGAGGGGAAGGCGAGUUAGACAACUAAACGAGAGUCUCUCCAGUUUAAAAGGUGCCCUUCAAUGGGCAGAUCUGGCGGACGACGCGGCAGUGUUGGCGUAAACUUAGGCGACGAUCCAAGUUGGAAAUGGAGGCGGUCAGCAAAGCCGGUAUGAGACGGCCCUUGACAUUGCCUCUACCGAGAAACCGGGGGUUUCGGCCCGGGCUUGGUGAACGCUCUGCCGCCAUACGGGAAACCGUAGAAUGCUUCCUCGGACGAAGAGGGGACUUUAAAUACCCAGCGUAAUCUUAAUCUUAAUCUUUUUACAGAAAUCAAAUCAAGCAUUGAUCAGCAUUUGACUGAUCUGAUAGCGAGAGCUUAUAACUCAGUUCUGCACUCUCUUUUUGAGCUGAUGAAACUAAAUGAAGAAAUAAUAAAAAUAGUAAAAAUUAGUCUUGCACAUAAAGAAUUGAUUGCUGUGCCAGACAAAAUCUUCACGCUUGACCCAAAAGAUGUUGAUAUUUUAGCAAACGAUGAAUCAGAUAUUACUGCUGUAUUGGGAAGUCUUCGAAAUGGAUGCUCAAUAAUUUUGGAAAAGAAAAUAAGAGCUCAUGAGUUAAUUAGUAUUUUUGUCUUCAAUACCCUUUACUUUAUGCUCGAUAGAAAAAUAGAUGAACGACAUGGGGCCUUGUUACCUCAUAUAGAAAGAAACCUGAGGGAGUUUGAGCCUAACUUUACUCCUAAUCAGAAGACAAGACUGCUUGAAUCGUACCGAGAGAUAUGCAAAAAGGUCCAGUCUCAGCCUAAUGAAAGUUUAAUUAGAAUUUAUGAAGGGAAUCAUAAAGAGACAAGAGUUUCAUUCAAAGAUGAAGAAAGAGAUAAAGUAACUGAGAAUGUGAAAGAAGAAGAAAAAGAGCCACAAGAAGAAGUAAAACCAGAAAAAUCUAAAAAAAAUAAAGGCAAAAAACUUGAAGUGCCUGGGAUGCCUUAUAAAGAGCAAGAAGCAGGGCACUCUAAGAAGAAAAAUGAAGAGAAAAUUAGCAAAUUAGUUGAAAAAUUAUUAAAAGAGGUUAUGAAUUCAAUUGAAAAAGAGAAAUUUGUUCAUGCUGAUGAGCUAGGUCAAAAACUUGCUGAAAUUGCAUCUCAAAAAGAAAGCGGAGAGCAAGAAGUCUUUGCCGCAUUAGAUGCAGCUCUAGGAAGCACAAAGCCUAAAGAAAAGGAAAUGCUGGCUUGGAGAGUCAUUGUAAAAGCUGUUAAUCAGACCCAUUUUUUAAGUGAAUACAAUGAGCAUGCCAUAAAUGUGAAGCUCAAUGCAUGGCUAGAAAAGGUGCAAUCCAACAAACUGAAAGAGUCAUACAAAAAAGAUAAAAGGUCUGAAAAGAAGCGGAAAGAACAGGAAGGAGUGGAAGAGGAAAAGAAAGAAAAAAAGAAGCCUGCAUAUGUCAAGAAAAAGAAAGAAGAAAACGCCCAAAAGUCAAAAGCAGAGAUUGAAAAGCUUGUAGCAAGAAUUGAAGAUUCAGCAAUGAAUCUCAUUGACAAAUAUACGCCUAAACAAGAGCACUUAAACAUCAUUAAGCAAAUUACUGACUCCUCCCCUCCGUGAGUGAACAAAAUUUUUUUGUUCACUUACGGAAGGGGGUUAAUUUUUUUUUUAAAAAAAUUUAUUUAGAAAUUUUAAAAAAAAUCCUGAUUUGAAAAAAUUGGAAAGCAAAUAUUAAUUUAAUUUAUAAAUUUUAUGUUUUAAAAAGCAAUUUGUUUAAAAAUUAAACAGAAUUAGCUCUAGAUUUCAUUAUACUAAUGAUCAAUUAUAUAUCAAAUUUUUUUCCCAUAAAAAAUUUUUCUAUUUAAAAAAAUUUUUGUUCACUCACAGAAGGUGGGUUUUUGGGCAAAAAAUAGCGAUUUUUCUAAUGGUUUUGUUCACUCACGGAGGGGGGGAGUGAGCAAAUUAAAAAUACAGUAAUUGGGGUUAUUCCAAAUUCAGAAAUUAAAGGAUUGGGGUCGACGUCUGCAGGAAUUUGGACGAUUGACUCAGAUAUUGACUUGACAGUCAUCAAUCCAUCGAUUGCAAAUCCUCAACAAGCGCUUCAAAACAUUAAAAAUGCGUUCUUAUCAGCUAAUCCUAGCUUUGAAAUAAAAGAAACAGCUUACUCUUUACAAAUGAAGUUUCCUCAAUAUCCAAACUCUUUCAGUUUAUCUAUCAACGACCUCAUAGGAUUAGAAACCACUUCUCUGGCCAAGAAAUACUGUUCGCUUGACUCACUAGUCACUGAACUCAUUAUAUUUGUAAAAAUAUGGUCAAGAGCUAAAGGAGUGUCCAGCAUCGUGAAGAACUAUCACUGGUCUUUCUUAGUCUUGGGCUUUCUGCAAACAAUAAACCCUCCAUUGCUUAACUCUCUUCAAAACAAGCCUCAUGAGCCCAAGCUUGUAGGAGGCUAUGAUGUAUGGUUUGACAACGAAGUCAAGACAUCUAACAGCGCCCAGUACAACCUGGGGCAUUUGAUAUUUAGCUUUUUCGAUUAUUUUGCGAAUGAAUUUAAGGAUGGGAAGUUUGAUAUCAGAAAUGGUUUAUUACUUCAAGAUCAUGCGGAAGGAUUGUUUACAGUAAUUCAUCCAAUCACUGGAAGUGAAAUUGGGGCAGGCUUAGCAAAAUUAAGCCCAAGGGCUGAAGAAGUAAAGAGAAAGAUAGUGGAAACCUAUGAAGCUAUUGCCCACAGAGGAGAAUUAGAAAUAUCUUAA